CGUGUGGGUUGUAGCUUUAAGUGGGGGGGUGGUUGAAUCUGGACACCUUCUCAUAUUGAGCACAACACCCCGCAGACGGCCAAGGCCGUAGCUUCCCGCGCGCCCCCAUGCACGUGCGUUUUCCCAGAUGGAAGCCGAGGUGCUGAACCCCCGGAGGAUGGCGGACGUCAACGGCAACAGCGGCGUCUCCGGCGCGGAGCUGGAGGUGCUGAAGCUCCAGGAGCUGGUCCGCAAACUGGAGAAGCAGAACGAACAAUUGCGGAGCCGCGCGAACGCCGUAAACAAUUGUCCCGUCGGCCCCCGCUUCCAGACGCCGCAGACGCCGUUGUGUCUGCCGCGCGCGGCCGUGCCGGACGAGCCCUUCGCCUAUUUCCAGCCGAGCUCGGGGUCCGCAGACGCCGCCGCGGAGGACGGGGGCGCCGCCGGGGCUGCGGAUACGCUGUGGGAUGAGGUGGAAGUGCUGGACCUCCUGGAGAUGCCCGUGGGAGAGCCGGAGAGCUGGUUGUACGUGAGUCCUAAAGCCAAGAUGCAGAGUGUAAGUGCCCUGAGUACUCUCCAGUGGUGCAGGCGGGUCCUGGACCACCCUGGGCCUGAAGUGGAACUAGCAAAGAUGACUUUCUGCCACAGAUUGGAUCAAGCGAGGCGGAGCCGCGGACUCUCCUCCAUCCGUCCAUACAGCUGCAUCGAGGGGCUCUCCACCCUCAGCUACCCCAGCCUGCCUUAUACUAAACCUGCUGCACUAACUGAGACCCCAGCCCCUCUGCUAUCCUCCAGCCAGUCUUUUCUACAGCCGACCGUCUUCUCUAGAAGCAGCCUCAGUGACAGAGCACCCACUUUCCUAUCAAACUCCACACCUCACAACAUGGGGCGGCGGCACGCUGCCAUCACGCCUCAGUCUUCCCUGGACAGUGAAGCGGGGGUGUCAGAGCUGGAGGACGAGUCAAUCUCGAUGAGCUACAAGCUCCAGGACAUGACGGAUGUGGAGGUCAUGGCACGUCUACAGGAAGAGAGUCUUCGACAAGACUAUGCCUCUACCUCGUCUACCACCACAUCCAGCCGCCGCAGAUCCAGCUUCUCCUUACAGUCCCUCAGGCGCACCGACUUGGACCUGGAGGAGGAAGAGGAGGAUGAAGAGGACGAGAGCUACGACCAGCUCCCUCCUCCUCAGCCUCGACUGUUCCGCACAGGGUCUAUGCAGCGGGGCAGCCUACCCCACUCUCACACCUUCUCCAGCAUCAGAGACUGCAGACGCAUUUCUGCUGCUCCUCAAUUCUCGCACAGCGGGCUCUCUCAGUUCUCUGGACCCUCCAGUCUGAUUACAGAGUCACACACAGCAUACAGAGGCAGCACAGACAAACUACGGAGAAGCAUGCCCAACCUGAUCCGAGCUCCCAGCAUGCCGAGUGUUCCCAGUAUUCCCUGCUUGGCCUCCCCUUCCAACCCGCCCUCCCACGGCCCCUCCUCUUUACCGGCGAUGCCCUCGAUGCGGAGCAGCCAGAGCUUUGACUCCUCCAGCGGACUCGCUCGUCUGCAGUCCUCCAUUCCGCCCCCAGGCCCGCUCAGCCAGCGAGUCCAGAGCGUGGGGAACUUCCCCACCACUCCCCGACACCCGCUGAAGGCCACGGCGUACGUGAGCCCCACCGUGCAGCAGGGGCCCACCCCCACCUGCCUGUCCUCCUCCAGCAGCUUGAACUCCAUCAGCUGCGCCGCCGCCAUGAGCCAACCCCUCAAACCCAGCACCAGCAGUCUGCUCCCACAGCCGCUGAAGGCCGGCUUCAGCCAGUCCACCCCCCGCAGUUCCCUCCCCCGCCCCGCCUCCUUCAUAGCUGCAGGUGCACCUCCACGUGCGAGUAAGAUCUCCCAACCCACUCGCAGUUUGCUGACUCCUCCAAAGAGCCUGGCUGCCCUGAGCGCCCUGAGGGACGGCAGCUGGAAAGAUGGAUGCUACUGAGGGACUGCACGGGGUGACACUGCAGGGCAUCGCUCUGACUUUAAUGUUGCAGCCAGGAGGUCCCAGAGAGAAUAAGACUGUUAUUCAAAUGAGAAGUUUCCUUUACUGAAGGACUAAGACCCGAGGUCCAGCUGGCUGGAUCUGCAGUUUGAAACACAGAUCGACUCAAAACGACAACAACAGGCAAUACUUUCAUAAUCCUUUAUUACAUCUAAAAUAGGUUCUCUGUAACUUUUUUUGUUUCAUCAUUGUGAAUGCAAUUUAAUUAAGUGAUAUAUUAAAUAAAUCUCAUAAUAAAAGCUUGUAAAAACAAACAUUGCUUUUGUAUAUGCUUUCAAUGAUUUUAUCUGUUGAAUUUAUUUUUUACAUUUUUCUUUGUUUUUUGAUCAAUUUUGAUGUUAGAUGUGAAGAUAACCUGAAACAGGAAGUGGGAUUUCUCCUGAGCCUGUUCUAAAGUAAUUCCUGAACGGCUGUUUAUCAGCCGAACUUUGCAGCACUUUGGGGCGAAAUUCAUACGAACACAUUCAAAUAACUGAAUCUGCUUACAACAAGUAUGAGAAAUAAAACAUGAUGGUAUGUAUAGUUUCUUUCAAUUUGUGGUUUACUUGAAAUUUGUAACCUUCUUUGACCAACAUGACAGCUGCAGUCUAAUUGCACAAACAGCCUCAAUGCUUUUCAUGGAUGAUAGAAAAGUUCCUGAGGUGACAUUUUUAAAACCAAUAAAGCUUUUCAGAGCA